AUGGCAGAAUUUCCCCCACCCAGUCUCCAGCCCCUCCUUCAGGAGAUCUCUGACCUUCUCAAAGCUCGGAAUGAAACCGUUUCUGUUGCCGAGACGGCUGCAGGUGGCCUCAUCUCCGCCUCUCUCCUAUCUACCCCGGGUGCAUCAUCCAUAUACAAAGGCGGACUCACUGUCUACACCCUAGAAUCCCGCCUCGCAUUUGCGGGCUGGACACAGGAAAACAUUAAAGACUACAAAGGUCCCACAACAGAGAUCGUCGCCAAUAUGGCUGAGCAUACCCGGCUCACCCUAGGCUCGACCUAUGCGGUCAGUGAGAGCGGCACCGCUGGGCCGACAGGCGGGACGACGAGAAAUCGGAUACCUGGUUACGUAGCUAUGGCUGUAUCGACUGCGCAGGGACAGGUCAAGCGCGAGUUUGACACGGAAAGUAAUAAUCGGGCUGAGAAUAUGGUUGCCUUCGCAAGGGAAUCGUUGAAGCUGCUGAUAGAUGUUAUACUAUCCCGCGCUGAGAGCCCAUCUCUUUGA